AAUACAACGCAUAACGUUAAUGAUUGUAUCAGCAGAUACUAUUGUUCAUUUUAUUCAUAAUUUAGCAAAUUUUGAAAUUAGGACAAGAAGAUUGAAACAUUGAAAGAUUUAGAAGUUUUGACUUUUUGUUUGAUGCAAGAAUGGGAUCAUUUAUUUCAAAAGGAAUGUCUGGAGCCAUGGAAAAAAUGCAAGAGCAGCAACAAACAAUGAUGGAAAGGCAGAUACUUCUGCAAAAUGAAAUGCGUCAACGUGGAGUAGCUACACAAAUAGCAUUCACUCGAGAGAUGUUUAUGUGGUUGGGGUCAUUCUAUGUAAUUGCAACAACUGGUGCAAUUUUGGGGUUUUUAAAGACGAAAAAAUCUGCUUCACUUGUCCCAAUUUUACCCUUGACGUUUAUCGUUGGCUACCAAGCAGAUCUUGCAUAUGGCGACAAAAUAACUCGUGUUAGGGCGGAGGCUGAAAAUAUCAUGAAGAACGAGGGAAGCAUUCUAAAUCUACCCAACGGUUUACCUACCAUUCAAAAAAUUGACGAACUUCGAAAGAACAAGUAGCCAGUUCAUUUUUUUGUUUAAUUUCUUGUUUCGGUUAUUCCCAACCAGGAUAUUCAUAUUUAAUUAUAUAUAAUUUUUCAACAACUGUAAACUAUCACUGAAAUCUUGAAAAUGAAAAUAAUGGUGGAACGGGGGGAGCACGGUAAAAAUGUAAUGUAAUUUAUACUGCAAAGUAUUAUUUUUAUUGUAUUUUGAACUAGUCAACGUAUGUUAAUGUCUUUUGAAGCUUGUCUUUGUUAACCAUGUAGUUUAGAGUAGUAGAUGUUGAGUUUUGGGGCGGAGGCAAAAUUGAUUUUGUCUUACAAGCUCGCCAGAUCUCUACACUUUACACAGUGUUCACAACAAGGUUAAGAACAGCUUUUUACAAAAUUUUUUUUUAUUGAAAAGCGACAACAAGAUUAGCAUAAAGGAAUCGAUGGACAUGUUGAAAUGUACGUUAUCAGAAGACAGUUUGUAUUGCUUAUAUUCAGUAGGAUAUGACGAAGUGGAAGUUGAUUUAACCAGAAAUAACCAUUUUUACAAACUCUAAAAAUAUAAUUAAUGUUAUGAGAAAUAUGAAUUGAUUUUUAAUGAA